ACAUGAUGUUCCUUUACAUAACAGCACACAUUCACUCGAAUAUUUCAGGAACGUAACGCAUGUCAUCGUGUUGUAAUGGUGUAUGUUUACAUUGAAAUGUAACUUUGAAAACUAUGAAAUUAUCAUCGCAAACUUACGUCUGUCGCGAACGAGAAGUGAGAGUGCAGCCGAUCAAAACAAACAAGACUGGACUUGUCAGCUCUUUCAGCUACCAAGCUAAUUAGCAUAGCUAGGCUGUCUGUCAUUGCCAGUUGUCAACAACAACACUAGUUAGCUGUAUCGAAUACGUGUAAAACUAGUGACAGAGGGCCACCAGGAUGACUAGUGUGCUGUGUGGCCGAGCCCGGCUGGUGAUAACCCAGUCGUCAGGGCGUCAGGCCCUAGCUGCACUCAGGGUGGGCUGGAUACGAACCUUCUCAGCUGCUGGUUCUGAUGAGCCUUAUUUUGUCGUGCCACGAGGGGACUCAGACUCAGGCCCUAGGACAGUAUGGCCUGAUGAGAACAUGGGACCGUUUGGCCCCCAGGACCAGCGGUUCCAGUUGCCAGGUAACUCGGGCUUUGACUUUCACCUGGAAGGCAUGGCAGACCAGAGGAUUAAAGGCCCAGUCCACAGGACGGUACCUGAUGUUCUGACUGCUGCUACUAGCAACGAGAGACAUGAGUUUGUAAUGGCCCAGUUUGUCAGCGAGUUUCAGGUCAACAGUGGUCCCAUGUUAUGGAGGAGCGUCCGCAAGGCAGAGCACUACUUUGAUCAGCCCAAUGUGAACUGUUCUAUACAGACCUGUCCUGAGCUGCUGAAGAAAGAGUUUGAAUCCUAUUUCCCCUCGGCCCCAGCCAGCGCCAUCACUGUUGUCACGGUGAAACACACGAGAUGUGAGGUGAUCGACAAAGAAGUGAUCGACAGAGAACAGCUACUGCACAAAUUUGUCAGUGGUGCUAAGGAAAUCUGCUUUGCUCUGUGGACAGCUGGCUUCUGGGCUGACUUCAUUGACCCCUCAUCAGGAUCAGCUUUCUUUGGAUCUCACUCCAACCACCCACUACUCAAAGAGGAGGAGUGGAGCCGUCUAGGUUUCCAUAUCGAGGCCUCUGGAUCCUGCACAGUUAUCCGUCACGUCCUGAGGGGAACACCUACGUUUGUUGGAACUGUUUUCACUACCGCACCUGCUAACAGUCAAGUCAUGGAAAGACUUCAAGGCCAGUCAAGUGCAUUUGAAGACAGGGACUAGUUUUUAUAUUUAGUUAUCACCAUGUGAGAAUGAUGUAUCUCACUAUCCAAAAGACUGCUUGUGCCCUGACCCCUGUUUGUUCACUUUGGAUUGUUUUGGAGGAAUACCCUUACCCAUAAUGCCGUUGUCUUCACCACACCAGCAUGGAGAGGAAGUUCUAAUGGGUUGUUGUCUUCAGACACAUGCCUAACUAUGUUAACCUGGUCCCAGAUCUGUUUGUGUUGUUCUGUUAGUGCUGGCUUGCCAAAGUUGGUAAGAGGACACAAACAGAUCUGGGACCAGGCUAUAUAACUAUGUACUUGGAAGUAGACCGGUAGGUUGCGUACAGUACUUCUGCGAUCUAUCGUUGACUCUGAUGAUAUCAUAAAGACUUGACUGAGGAAGAUCCCUUUGGCAGCUGUGUUUAAACACCCAAUAAACCACCUAGCUACCUUUGACUGGGGGCCCUUUUUCUGGCCUUAGCGCUGCAGAUCCGCGCGAUAUAACUCCAAAGGCAAUGUUCCGCAUUCACGGUAAACGCUGCAUAGAUCAGUUCAAUCUGAAAUAAUCUUUACGUUUCUAUCGUGCUGUAACACUCAAAUUCAGCACUACGGAUUGAAUCUAGUCUAAUAUAGUUAAGACUUUCAGACUAAUCUAGUGUCUACAGAGUAUUGCUACUGUACAGGGUUUUCCUUCACUUGCACAAUGGGAAUAGAAAUAUGGUGUCUGUUGUACGUUUCUACCAUAAUGAAUUAAAAUGUCUAUGUUGCUGGUAUGGUA